AUGAUUAUUACAGGUGAUGACCAUGGUGGUAUUGAGUCUUUGAAGCAUGAUCUAGCUCGUCGAUUUGCUAUGAAGGAUUUGGGCUUGCUGCGUUAUUUCUUGGGUAUUGAGGUCGCUCAGUCUAAGAAAGGGUACCUUCUUUCCCACACUAAAUAUAUAUCUUACUUGUUUACACAUGUGGGACUUUCUGACAAUCGGACAAUUAAUACCCCUCUUGAAACCAAUGCUCAAUACUCUCCUGCUGAUGGUGUUCCUUUGUCUGAUCCGAAUAUUUAUCGUAUUGUGGUUGGAAGUUUGGUUUAUCUCACAGUCACUUGUCUAGAUAUUACUCAUGUUGUUCAUAUUGUCAGUCAUUUUGUUACUGCACCUACAUCUGUUCAUUGGGGGGCUGUUCUUCGUAUUCUGAUAUAUCUUCGUGGCACUCAGUUUCAGACUCUCUUGUUUCCCUCGACGUCUUCUCUUGAGUUACGUGCCUAUAGUGAUGCUGAUUGGGAUGGUGAUCGCCAUGAUCAUAAGUCUACCACUGAAUUUUGUGUAUUUCUUGGAGAGUCUCUUAUUUCAUAG